AUGCCACUUGACCUCCAGGGCUCCACAGCAGUAUUUAACAGGCACACAGGGAGUGCUCUUGUAAGUGUCUCCUGUUUACAUGCCAGAUUCCCCUGCUAGUUCACACAAUGUUCAAAAGGCACAAGUCCCUGGAACGCAAGAGGGAAUUAUUAUUCCAAGGACUUCCACAGUCCACAAUGAAGAAUAAUACAAGAAAUUUCCACUCUUUGUCACAACUUGUCCUCUCAGCAGGCCCGCUAAAAACUACUACAGCAGUCAAACAUUCAAAAACGACUCAUUUUGAGAUCGAAAUACUGGAUGCUCAUACAAGAAAACAGAUAUGUGUUGUGGAUAAGGUAACACAAAUGUCAACUAUUCAGGAUGUGAAACAGAAGUUCCACAAAGCAUGUCCACAGUGGUACCCUUCUCGAAUUGGCCUACAACUGGAAUAUGGUGGCCCAUAUUUGAAGGACUACAUCACAGUUCAAAGUGUCGCAGCUUCUUCGAUUAUCACACUCUAUUUUACAGAUUUGGGUCAGCAGGUCGGGUGGACCACAGUCUUUUUGGCUGAAUAUUCAGGACCUCUGUUAAUAUACCUUCUUUUUUACUUGAGGAGCUCAUACAUAUAUGAUGUCAAGGAGAGCUGUAGAUGGCCCCGGCACCCUGUGGUACACUUGGCUUGCUUCUGCCAUUGUAUCCACUACAUCCGACACCUUCUGGAAACUUUGUUUGUUCACAAAGUUUCUACAGGACAUAGUCCUAUGAAAAACUUGAUAACGGGCUGUGCAUUUUAUUGGGGAUUCACUUCUUGGAUGGCUUAUUAUAUUAAUCACCCAAGAUAUACACCACCAUCAUUUGGAAACAGGCAAAUAAUAGUGUCUGCUAUCAAUUUUUUGUUUUGUGAAGCUGGAAAUCACUUCAUCAAUACAGUGUUGGCUCAUCCCAAUCACACAGGGAGCAAUGCCUGUUUCCCAAGUCCAAAUUAUAACCCCUUUACAUGGAUGUUUUUCCUGGUUUCCUGUCCUAACUAUACCUAUGAGAUCGGAUCCUGGAUUAGUUUCACAGUCAUGACCCAGACACUUCCAGUUGGUAUUUUCACAAUAUUAAUGACUAUCCAGAUGUCUUUAUGGGCACGAAAGAAGCAUAAGAUAUAUCGGAAGAAAUUCAACUCAUAUGUUCAUAGGAAAUCAGCCAUAAUUCCAUUCAUACUAUAAGUAAAUAUACUUAUUCUAAUCUGAACCAGAAAGACAGAAUAUAAAUUCACUCAAGAAAGGCUUAGGAGGUGAUGAUUACCUAUUAUAAUGCAGCAAUUGAUUAAUAACAAUAUUUUAAUAAAAUAGAAAUGGAAUUUAACUAAAUUUCUGUUGUGAACUAUAGGUCAUA